AUAAUUCGAUACUCGGUGCUUCGAACCAUAUAAAAACUUUUUUAAUUGGAAAGUUCAGCACGAGCCGCAAAUCUUGUCUCGACAUCUAUGGUCGUAUAAACGCGCCAUGCCGCCUCUUUUUACAAGAUGGCUACGUUCGGCGAGACUAAUACCACGCUUGCUAAUAGCAGGGCACCGACGGAAGAGUUUUUCUACUUCGGUUGUUUCUUAUGUGGCCAAUCUCGCCAAUCCAUUCCAAGGCAUCCGUCUUCGUGACUACCAAGAAGAGUGUAUCCAGUCUGUUCUCAGCUCUCUGAAAUACGGCCACAAAAGAUUAGGCAUAUCGCUGGCUACAGGUUCUGGAAAGACCGUCAUUUUCACCCAGUUGAUUGAUCGGAUCAAAUCCAAUUCAGAUGAAGCUCGUCAGACGUUGAUUCUCGCCCAUAGGCGAGAGCUUGUGGAACAGGCAGCCAGGCAUUGUACUACUGCUUACCCGAAUAAGUCAGUUGAGAUAGAGAUGGGAAAUAUGCAUUCCUCGGGGACUGCAGACAUUACUAUUGCGAGCAUACAGAGCAUCAAUUCUGGAGACCGUCUCGACAAGUUUAAUCCCAGAUGGUUUAAGCUAAUAUUAGUUGAUGAGGCUCAUCACAUCGUUGCUCCUGGGUACCUGAAUGUCCUAGAACAUUUCGGCCUCGAUAAAAAGAGGGACGACUCGCCGGCGCUUGUCGGUGUUUCUGCAACCUUCUCUAGGACCGACGGACUUCGACUGGGUGCUGCAAUCGACGAGAUAGUCUAUCAUAAGGACUAUGUCGACAUGAUAGGAGAUAGGUGGUUAUCGGAUGUUAUAUUCACCACAGUAGAGUCAACUGCCGAUAUCUCCAAGGUCAAGAGUGGCAAUAAUGGUGAUUUUCAACCCGGCGAUUUGUCCAGGGCGGUCAACACUAAGCAGGUGAACGAGAUUACCGUCCGCAGCUGGCUUGCAAAAGCUUCCGAGAGGAAAUCAACAUUGGUUUUCUGUGUAGAUCUUGCACAUGUUUCUGGGUUGACCGAUACCUUUCGACAACACGGCAUUGAUGCCAGAUUUGUGAUGGGAGAAACACCAAAGGUCGAAAGAAGCGAAAGGAUAGAUGCCUUCAGACGCCAGGAAUUCCCGGUGCUAAUAAAUUGCGGCGUUUUCACCGAAGGGACUGACAUUCCUAAUAUCGAUUGCAUUAUCUUGGCACGGCCAACUCGUUCUCGUAAUUUGUUGGUACAGAUGAUAGGAAGAGGCAUGCGGCUUCAUCCAGACAAGGAGGAUUGUCAUAUCAUCGAUAUGGUAUCAAGUUUGAGUACUGGUAUAGUGACGACUCCUACUCUAUUUGGGCUCGACCCAUCCGAAGUUGUUAAGGAGGCAUCCGUGGACGAGAUGCGACGCCUGAAGACGACGAAGCAAGAGGGUGGUCCCGGGACCACUGGAGACGGCGGCGGGGAGCAUAAAAAGGCUCAUAACAUUACUUUUGUCGAGUACGAUUCGGUUUUCGAUUUAAUUGCGGACACAUCUGGCGAUAAGCAUAUUCGAUCAAUCAGUCAAAAUGCAUGGGUGCAAGUAGGUCCAAGCAAAUGGAUAUUAUCGGGACCUCACGGAACUUAUAUUAGAUUGGAAAAGGAGGAUACAACAGAUGAUAACGAAAAAAAGUUUGCCGCAUGGGAAAUUCGCGCUCUUCCUUCAGGUGUAUCUAAAUCACCAUAUGCUGCACCUCGACGGCUACUGAAAGCAACUUCUUUUAUUGACGCCGUACAUGGGUGCGACAAGUACGCAUCCGAAAAGUACCCCCGCCCCCUUAUCUCGAGAUACCAACGUUGGCGAAGUGGCCCGCCCACCAACGGCCAGUUGAAUUUUUUAAACAAGCUACGAGGGGAAAAGGAAAAAUUAAAAGUCACUGAUAUCACGAAGGGAAAAGCAACAGAUAUGAUAACGAAACUUCGGCACGGUGCUCGCGGUCGUUUUACUAGUAUUGACGCUGAUCGAAGGAGGAAGGAACAACAGCAAAAUUCGGCACAAGAGAGAGAACAGGCCAUGCAGUUGCGAGAAAAAGUCACUGUAGGCCCCCUGUCAGUGUGAACUUGCCGGUACGAACCUAUCAGAAAUACUUCUGCACCAAAACGAUUAAUUGACUACGCGACUUCGAUGGGCAACUUCCAAAUUUGAUUACUGCCGCACCUUUUUGACUUCUAAUAUUUGUGGGCUCAUCGAGUUUCUGGGCCUGGUUAACUUAGUUUUACCAGUCAUUUUGUACCGUGUUGUUCACACGAACAUCGUACU